AGGAGGAGGUGGAGGCUGAGGAAAAAGAGAGACCAUAGACUUCCACUUCGGCCUAGAGCGUCCUUUAAAGUGUUGGGGAGAGGAGGGCGGGCGGGGACCACCCCGAACUGGCCGCCGGCGGUAUCAUGGCGUCCCGGAACCCCCCUCCCCAAGACUAUGAAAGCGAUGAUGAGUCUUAUGAAGUGUUGGAUUUAACUGAGUAUGCAAGAAGACACCACUGGUGGAAUCGAGUAUUUGGCCACAGUUCGGGACCUAUGGUAGAAAAAUACUCCGUAGCUACCCAGAUUGUAAUGGGUGGUGUGACUGGCUGGUGUGCAGGAUUUUUAUUCCAGAAGGUUGGAAAACUUGCGGCAACUGCAGUAGGCGGUGGCUUUCUUCUCCUACAGGUUGCCAGUCACAGUGGCUAUGUGCAGAUCGACUGGAAGAGAGUUGAAAAAGAUGUAAACAAAGCAAAAAGACAGAUUAAGAAACGAGCCAAUAAAGCAGCACCCGAAAUCAACAAUAUAAUUGAAGAAGCAACAGAAUUUAUCAAGCAGAACAUUGUGAUAUCCAGUGGCUUUGUGGGAGGCUUUUUACUAGGCCUUGCAUCUUAAGGACUCGAAGGCUCUAUCUUAGUGGAUCCCCCAGUGAGAAGAGAACUGGUGGCAGCAGGGCGAUCUCUGAACAGCACAUACCCCAGAAUCUCCAGAAUGAGCUGGACAAUUGCAAAUGCAACAGCUUAGCCUUUUGCCACCUGAAGCUUGACAAGCUAGAAUCUGCUGUAAGACAGCCUAUGUGCUAUGUAAACAAUAGUAUUCUUGAGCAAAUCAUGGCUUUUGUCAGUUUUUUUUAAUUUACAUUUAUUUAGAAACUAGCAUAUGAAUAUAAUCAUUGGAUAUAUGGAGACAGAAAAAAGUUGUUAUGUGUACUGUCCAAUGAAAUAUUACCCUGUCGUAUUUUAAAAGUUCUUCGUGCUUUGCUGUAUAAUGCCAAUGAUUAAAAAAUGUCUUAUAGCUUCAACAUUAUGGCUGACUUUUUAAAAAAAUGUGUUUGCAAUAAACAAAAGAAUUGUAUUACCCCUUUGUGGAAGGAUUUAGAAAGAAUAGAAUAAUUAUGAUAUUAAACUCUUCUGAUGUGUCAAUCUUUUUUCCUCUCCUGUUUCUUACUUUGCUUAUGUAGUAUCUUUUCAUUAAAGGCUUUUGUAAGGAAAUACUAAUGCCUAAAACAUUUUUCCUUCUGUAAUGUCUGCAGUUUUUAAAAUGUUUCAUUGUAUGUUCUAGUUUGGCAGUUUGUUUGAUUUAUUUAUCCCUGGUAGUCUAGACAGAACUAAUUUGGGAGUGUGUUAUUAGUUGGGUCAUUGAUAUAUUUUAUGAACUUCAAAUGCAUCUCAUUUUUUAUUUCUAAAAAUCCUAAUUAUAAUUUUGGCCUCUUUACCAAAAGGUACAGAUUACUUUAAAAUGCUUAAUGGUAUAAUAUGAAUUUAUUGUCUGAAGAACUGUGAUUUUCUGUGUAGUCAUAAAAUUAUAGCUUAAAUAUAAUUGCUUCCAUGAUUGUGUGGCUCUCACUCAUUGGCAGCAUUAUGUUGCUUGAAUACUAGGCCAGUUUACUUGUUUCUCAGGGCCAGCAUCACACUUGUUCAGAGCCCCGCUUGUCCAAGAACAACUUUCAGUAUUGUUGUCUUGCUCAGAGUUCUAUGCUGGCAUUGGGGAAAACGGCAGAACAGUAUAGGUUGGAGUCUUCAGAUUGGAAAGAUUGCAGCUAUUCAGACUAUCUCCUUGUGAUAGGAAGCACCCAUAGUAUAUUCUUUGUAUUGUAAAUGUGUCGUUUCAUAUUUCUGGUAUUGGUUACAAGCUGUGUGCUUUUACUGUCUUGAAGUUCUUUAAAAUUGAAUGUGGGAUUGAUUUUUAAUUUCUUUUAUUCUCAUUAGUGUCUCAUAGAAUGCUAAAUAAAACUCAGUUUCUUAAUAUGAA